UUGACAAGAAGGAGCUAGCUCCACUUCAAGAGCUUGUAGAAUCCAUUGUUGUCCCUUACUAAACCGGUGUGCACUUCCUGAUAGAAUCAACUAUCUAAGGGACACAAUAAGCUGACGUAAUAAUUAAAAAAAAUUGAUAAUUAGUGAUUGACUAGAGAGUUUGUCUGAGAUGCUUGGUAAUUGAUAUUAUUAAUCCAGUGUGCAAGUGCUCUAUGAUUUAAGUAUCUAUAAUCGUUUUCAUGCCAAAGUUCUUUCUUCCCAUGGAUCAGAAAAUGAAAAGCAAUAAAGCGGUCUUUGUCACCUUAGGCUGUUUGCAAAAUGGCAAGAGAGCACAAGCAGCCAAAUACAAAUCAAACUAAAUUUCUACCGAUCAAGCCAACUGCUUCACUUGCUGAGCCAUGCCGUUAGUAAAAGAACUGAGAGCUCUAGACCCAUCCACGAUGCUCGUGGAACAGUGAAGGUGGAUCCUAUGAUUAGUAUAUAGAGUGAAGACAAUCUAUAUUGUGGUAUCAGAAACACUUACAAAUUUGAAAUGAGUUCAUGUAAUUGUGCCUUUAUUUGUGUGGGGAAUAUAUAUGUUGUAAUAUUCAAAUCUAUCAUUCGAGAUAUAAUUGCAUUUUAACUUGAGAGUUCCUGUAAACAUAGUUUUGGAUGGAAUUGAGGUUUUAUUUAUUUAUUU